UUCACCAGCAAAUGGAGAAUCCAAUCAAUGUGACUGAAUUUAUUCUUUUGGGAAUUACAAAGACUCCAGAGCUAAAAAAACUGUUCUCUGCUUUGUUUCUAAUCAUGUACAUGGCCACAGUGUUGGGCAAUGUACUCAUUGUAAUAACUAUAACUAGAAGCCACAGUCUGAGGUCACCCAUGUAUUCCUUCCUCACUUCUCUGUCUCUCAUAGAUGUCACCUAUUCAUCUGUUACUACUCCCAAGUUGAUUGUAGAUGGCCUUUCUGAGAGAACAACCAUCUCCUUUGAAGGCUGCAUGACGCAGCUCUUUGCAGACCAUUUCUUCGGUGGUGCAGGGAUCAUCCUUCUCAUUAUCAUGGCCUAUGACCGCUACAUAGCCAUCUGUAAGCCCCUACAUUACAUGACUAUCAUGACUCCUCGAGUAUGCUCCUGGAUGGUGGGUAGCGCUUGUGUAGGAGGAUCCAUGCAUGCAACCAUUCAGCUUCUCUUUAUGUAUCAAAUACCAUUCUGUGGCCCCAAUGUCAUUGACCAUUUUAUGUGUGACUUGUUUCCAUUGUUGCAACUGGCCUGCAUGGACACCCAUAUCCUGGGUCUCUUAGUCAUUCUUAACAGUGGGGUAAUGUGUAUGACCAUUUUCCUUAUUCUCAUGACUUCAUAUGUGGUCAUCCUGUGCUCUCUGAAGUCUUGCAGCUCUGAAGGAAGGCGCAAAGCCCUCUCUACAUGUAGUUCUCACUUCACAGUGGUUGUGCUGUUUUUUGUACCUUGCAUCUUCUUGUACAUGAGGCCUGUGGUCACUUACCCCAUAGACAAGGCAAUGGCUGUGUCUGCUAUCGUUGUUGAGCCAAUGUUAAAUCCUUUGAUCUAUACCUUGAGGAAUGUAGAGGUGAAAAAUGAACUGAGAAAGUUGUGGAAGAAAAGGGUGCCUUAAGUGGUAUAACCUGAUAUGGUAAGUAGCAAAUACUUCCUACAAACCGGGGGAGAUCUAUCUUUCAGAGUACUGUGAUUCCACUUGGAAUAUAGUAGUAAGAGAUAUCCCUUAAGUUUAUGAACCUGUCCAAGAUACCACAGUGGACAACCUAUGCAUGUCAGAGUCUAGUUCUAGACACAAACAUAGUUUGUACUGCAUCUUCCCCAGCUGUCUCUAGUUAUACAUUUAAAAACUACA